UCAUAAACUACCUUCAACAUGAGGGUUGCUAAUUUUUUUUUUUUAUGAAAAAUUAUUUUAUUUCAUCAAAGUGCUCAACCAAGAAAACUUUUAUUCCAUUCAAAGCAAUUGCUGCAUUUUAUGAACAAGCUUUCCAGCUGCUUGCUGCUUUUGGUUUCUAUGAACUCUUGGACAUUUCUCCCUCCAAACUUCACUUACCACUACGCAGAGAGAUUAAUACGGUUGCGCAGAGAGAUUAAUAACCCCGACGCCCAGCGGGAAACGGUUUCCUUCUCCUGUUUGGUUUUGGCCUUUGGGCAUGCAAUUAAUGCAUAGCUCUGCCUUCUUCUAUAUAUAGACAGAAGUAGACAGCCAACCGUCCACGAAGAAUAAACUAAAACCCUCCCAAACAUCCGAUAUGGCGUCGUCCGGUGGCAAUUUGCCAAACUUCCCGUCGCUAAUGCUGCCCUACUGCCGCAGCAAUGAGGCCGAUGAUGAUUCCAGCGUCGUCGGAGUAAAAGAAAGCAAGGGGGAAUACUGCCGCUGCUUCCACGACGUCGUCACCAACGAAUUCCAUCACGUCGACUUCCCCGAAGCUUUCGGCAAAACCUGCCGCGGCUCCGGCUUCGGUUGGCUGGCCUUCACCCAGGAAACCCCUUCAGGUUUCUUGAUCAACCCAACCACCAGACAACGGAUCGAUCUCCCUCAGAUCACGACGCUGCCGGGCGUGGUGAGUUACCGGCCAGACCGGGCCGGGUUCGAAUACGUCCGCCAGGACGUAUCAAUGUGUGACGGCAAAGUGUACCGGGUGGGAGAAAGCGGGUCGUGGAUGGCGCACUUUUACGUCAACAAAAUAGUCAUGUCCACCGACCCGGCCCAUAAGGACUGCGUCGUGAUGGGCCUGUUCGAAAGCUGCUUGGGAGGCCUCGCGCUCUGCCGGCCGGGGCUCGACGCCGAGUGGACAGCCGUCGUGGGCUCCACCAACGGCUACACCGACGCCGUGUUCUGGAGGGAUCAAUUCUACGCCGUGGACUGCCUCGGGAACGUCGACGUGAUCUCUUACAACCCUGGUGGUACGUGUUGAAUAAAAAUGGAUCAACUUAUCUCAGAGCAUGAUUAAAAGCAAGAAAUGACGAAUGAACGUUGUAAAAGAAGAACGUGCAUACACAUGAAUUUAUUCGAAUGGAUGAAGAAUUUCGUCAUACAUAAAACGAUAAACUGGCGCCUUCUUUCCAAAAGCAAGGUGGUGAGUUUCACUUUCCAAAAGCAGGCUGAAACUUUCACAAAGCAGGCUGAAACUUUCACUUUCCAAAAGCAAAGGAGGCGGCCAGCACCUCUUCUUCUUCUUCUCCCAUGUGCUGGUGCAAUUCUUCUUCUCCAAUUGACAUAGCUGGCCGCAUAAGUGGCUUCCUUUCCAUCUCAAAAGGCGGCUGCAACUCUGCUUUCCUUCUUCCUUCACCAUAGCUGGCCGAGACGUCCUCAAAGCAAGGCUGGCCAAAAGCAAGUUAAACAACAAUCAAAUAUUGUUCAAAUGUUUGCCUAUAAAAGGAGGAGAGUAGGGAGAAGAGAGGAGGGGAAAAUUAGAACCAUAAUAGAGCACUUAUUCUUCUUGUCCCAUUUUCAAUUCUUCCUUAUCAAAACUCUAUCAAAUUUUCAUUUCGUUAAUCAUAUCUCGUAUUUCAUCUAUCGCGAUUCUCAUGUUCGUAUUCGUAAUUGGGAAUAUCGUGGUAUAUUGCGUUAUUGAGAUUACCGAAGUAAGCUUUUGUUCUGUGGGGUUUUGAUAAUUAUUUGUGGUGGUAGAUUGGUCGGGUUCGACCAUCUUCGCCCAACGAUUAUUCCCCCGUCGGAAGUUUGCUAGGCGUAAUCUAUUAACUCAAUAUAUUUACCAUAUUCUCAACCCGUCCGUCUAUCAUUCAUUAUCAUUCACCAUCGUCAUCCCCCGGUAAGUAUAUGUUUAUGAUGUAUCCCGUCAUGAGCUAAAUCUCUUUUCUGGGAGAACCUAGGGUAAUACUAUUAAACCUCGAUUUAAUAAUUUGGAUUUAUUUUUCCUCCAAUUUCUAUUGUAUGAGAUUUAAUAAUGCCUUGUGUGGAUUGAUCACCUUCACAUUGAAUUGUCGUUUUUAGGUGGAGAUCGAUAGGAGAUACUUGAAAACAGAGCGCUUCUCAUGCAUCGUAAUUAGCUAAUGAGCACGAUAGUGAAUUUAGAUAAUUAUGCAGUCAUUCACAAUUGUUUCAUCGUGAUACUGUUGAUUGAAAAAGGGAAUCGGUCUUAAUCCUAAUUAAUUGAUUAAUUGGUUGUGCGAGAGUGAACAAUUAAUUAAUUGGUUAGUAAGUAGUUUUGCUCGAGAGAGAGGACUAUCAAUUUAGAGAUUCCUGACUGUAGAAAAAUGGAUUAAAAUGAUUAAUAUGCCAUGUUAAAAUAAUCGAGGUAAGAUAGUAAAAUCCCGAAGUUUCUCCCAGAGCUUUUCUCCCUUUGUUUAAACUUGAUUUUUAUUGUUAAAUUAAUUAGACCUCAAAUCGAAAUUGAUUCACCAUCUAAGCAUUUUCUUACCAGUUUGCUUGCCUUAUUCACUAAAAAUCAAAGGUUGUACCAAGUCCCCGAGAGAACGAUACUCGAACUUUCCACUAUAUUAUUUUGACAGGAGGAGAAUAAAAAUUCCAACCUUUCAUUAAGUCUUACGAACAAACCAAUUAGUCACGAUAAUUUGAGUUGCUUGAAAAGAGUUUGUAUGAGUUUUAAUUUCUUACACGCUCUCUAGCUAAGACGAAAGCCUAUUGAUGGGGUUUUCUCAGAUUGCAGUACAGGUUUUAACAUAUCAGGUCUUGUGUUGCCUAAUCUAGUAGGGUUUCGGUUUGAACUAGGUGAACAUAUUAUUCUUUGUGUUACAACCAUUGUUUAUAUUGGGGGAUUUUAUAAAGAUUGAAAACCAUA